AUGAACCAAAAUUUUAUUCGAGGAGUUUCAAUAUUAUUUAAAACCGAAUGGACAGCAUUAAAGUUGGCUGUGGAUAUGCAAUGGGGUGGACACGAUUCAGAAGAUAAAAGAGAUUGGUUUAUCAAUGUUAUUGUAGAAUAUUUUGAUUCAAACGGUAAGGGUACGGAUGAUUAUGAUUUAGAAACUAUUCUGAUUCAGAUCAUGGCAGAUGAAUUUAAUACUAUAAUAGAAGAUGAUUCAGCAUAUCAAAUAUCUCAAGACCUAAUUAAAAUGUAUAAUGAAUGUAUUAAAGGCAAUUACAAAACAGUAGAUUUAUUGGAAUCUAAACAAAAAUCUCCUAAACAAAAUUUGCCAUCUUCGAAAAAAGCAAAAAACAAUGAUGAGGAUGAGGAUGAUAGCAGUAAUGACGACGAUGGAAGUUUACAAAAUGGGGAAAGUUCGACGAUGGAAGGUGAUGAUAUUAUGGAUAUGGAUAAUUCAACAACUCCAUCAAAAUUACCAAAAAAUAAGCCCAUCAUUGAUGAUGAUGGAUUUACUUUAGUUACAAGAAGAAAAUGA